CGCUUAGUAAGCGACGGAAGAGCAUCGUCUCUUCUCCGAACUCAAAUACGACAAUAGCCUUGGCGACAUCGUUCCGUGUCAACAGUCCUCGAAACUCAGCGGUCAGAGCCGCCUGAUUAUUCCGUGCUGACAUCUGGUCCGCAGAAGGAUAGAGGAGAGUAUGGAUUUGCGGCGACCGACCCGGCCCGGCUCUCGGCAGUACAAUCGUACACCCACGAAUCAGUCACAGAGCCCGCAGCUGUUCGAGGAUACUUCCCAAGCUCCAAGCGGGAGCCCUGUGUCUGUUCCUUACUAUCCACAACAGUCGGCAUCGUCUGGACAAGGAUGGGAAAGUUACGAUUUAGGACUCAACGAUUACGGGCCUCAAGGCCUCCCACCGUAUGACCCGUUCGGGCAGCAGCAGCAGAUGCAGCAUCAGCAAUCGCAGCAGCAUUUGCCAGGCUUGCACAACAAUGCUGGCGGUCCCCCGCAAUACUCGCCUACGAUGGGGACCCCGAUGGGUUACCAAAAUAGACCCGGCGUUCCACCGCAGUAUUUCAAUCCGCAACAAUUAAUGAAUGACCCGAUGGCUUCGAUGGCCAUGCAGUACGGACAGAAUCUUGCAGGCCACGGUAGAGAAAUCGUACACGAGAAAAUUGAGAAAUACGUCUCAAUUUCGAAACUCAAAUAUUAUUUCGCCGUGGACACAUCAUAUGUUUCGCAGAAACUGUUCCUGCUAGUUUUCCCGUUCGCCCACAAGAAUUGGACGCUGAGCUAUAAUCAAGAUGAGCCGGUACCGCCUCGUUACGACGUCAACGCUCCGGACCUCUACAUUCCGACCAUGGCGUUCGUUUCGUACAUCUUGUUAUCGGCGUACAUGAUGGGGCUCGAGAAUAGGUUCUCUCCUGAAGUGCUUGGCAUGCAAGCCAGUUGGAGCCUAUGUAUAAUGAUUUUAGAGACUGUGCUGAUCAUGAUGGCCUUGUACAUCUUGAACAUCAACACCUACUUGAAGCUUUAUGACCUGAUGGCAUUCUGUGGCUACAAGUUCGUACCGAUGAUCCUCGCCCUUCUCGUCUCGAUCCCGUUGGGCUACCUCGGUUACCUCUCGGCCGGAAUUUACUGCUCCCUAACGUUCGGCUUUUUCCUGCUACGGACGCUGCGAGUUGCGUUCCUUUCAAAUCCAGGCACCGGUCACUUCGGCGAAGGUUCCCGACGGUCUCUGUAUCUGCUUCUGGGACUUUGUUUCUUUCAACCGGCGGUAAUCUGGUUCAUGACGCACUCGCUGCUCUUGACUCCAGCCUUAGAAGCUUGAGGACAUACGCCGACACUUGAAGAACAAAUAUCGCUGUUUUGGAAGAGAGAACUGUAUAAUAUUACUCGAGAUGGCCGAAUAAACGGUAUCUCCGCACGAA